AUGGGCCCAUGGGCUGGACUUUGCCUGGAACGCACUUUUGACGACUUUGCGGUGAUGUGCUUCUUGGAAGUGACUGUGCAACAGAAGGCGGGGAAACUUGGAAAAUAUCCCAAAGAGACUACGCAAGACGAAUUGUUGGACGCAGUUGCAAAACUUCUGGAGUGUGGCAGUUGCUUACAUAAAGAGCUGGAACGUUUGUGUGAACGCGUGGUCUGGUUCAAUUCAUGUGUGUUUGGCCGGCUGAUGAACCAGGCAGUCAGUGAAGAUGAUUUCAGUAGCGUGCAGAUCCUAAGUGAAGAUCAACAGAGCAAACGUUUGAAGAUAUCGAGGUCAUUGUGCACUACUUGGUUGGUCUUCACUGACGGUUCUUGUGAGCCCACUGCAGAAUGUAAAACAACCAUCAUUGGUGAAGUACUGGUCAGUCCUGGUGGAUGUGCCGCUGCGGGUUUUGGCGACAGAGUGGAUGACGACUUGCUGGUGAACCGGCUGGUCUUAGGGGCUUUCAAAAGUGUGGAUCUUUUUGCCGUGGUGCCGGCAGAGGACUGCCAAAAAACCAAGAGUCUUCUCCCGAAUGCAACUCGGAUUCUAUGUAUUCCUGACCGGCCUUUCACAACUUCAGAAGAAACGUGGUUAGAAAAUGGUCCAAAGAUUUGCUGGGAUCGAGAAAGAUUUUUACUGCAACUCAGGUUGGUGCACCGCUGUGGGCAACUCGUGAGAGAACAAAUUCAGGCAGGCGCAAAGUACAAGUGGCUCCUGCGGUUACGAGCCGAUGCCCUCUGGCGUCGCUUCCCAGAUCCAUUGCAACUGGAAGGAGAAGGUCCACGAAUCUGGCUGCCUUGGAGUCCAAUUCUACAGUGGCAGGGUUUUGCUGACAACUUUGCGAUGGGUCCACCAUCGAUGAUGAUGAAAUACUUUGACUUCCGCAGCUACGUGCUGAAUUCAAGGAAUUGGGAUAACUUUGACUUCCCGCUGGGUGACAAGGUCGGACACAGAGUUUGGGCUCAUGAUUGCAACUACCCAGAGCUGAUUCUGGAGAGAUAUUUUGGAGAAGAGCAUGUACCAGUGAGAUACAGCAGAGACAUUUGCUUUGUUCGGCUGCGUGAGUGCAAAAGGCCUCCGUUUGAGGAUCAUUGCAAGCCCGCCUCGAAAGGCACUUUUGCUGACGAUCUGCAGCCGUGGCGGCAGAUGCACCUCCAGGGCCUCGAGGUCACGCCAGAGCAGACUUUCCCACCACACUAUGAGCACGACCCAGUGCUCGCUGCAAAGCUUGUCGAGUUCUUCCACGCGGAGCAGCGCCACACCGGAAGACCUUUGAAGAUUGUGGACCUUGGCUGCGGACGUGGCACUUUGGUGUUGGAGCUACGAUCCUGGCAUCUGCAGGCUGUAGGAUUAGACGCGAAUCCCCUGCUGACAGCCACCAUCAACACCUAUGGAAAGGUGGCUGACGUGACGCAGAACUUGAGCUUCACUAUUCAGACCGCGAGCCCUCGCUGUGUUUUCAGGCCUCACCUUGGAAGAUGGUCUCCAGGCUUCGAGUAUGAAGACGCUGGCAGGUCUGCCGGAGUGGAAUUUGAUGGAGACCCUACAAAGGUGGACACUGCAAAUCCCACAGCUUGGCUGAAUUGGAUCAACUAUGUGGCCGCGCGCUGCUGCGUUCAGCUCGCCUGCGUUGGCUUCGACACACUUGGGAAGCUGAAGUGGCAUCUGCACAACCGCGACUCAUGGAAGUCCACCAAUCGGGUUUGGCUUUACGAGAAGUACGAUGUUGUCCCUCCACCUGAUGAGGCUCAGGUGCAAUCCCCUUUUGAAUAUGGCCCUGGAGCCUUAGUGCCAGUGCAGAAUGGUGAGACGAUGGACUGGGUCAUCAGCUUAGAUGUUGGUGAGCACAUCCCAACCCGUCUCCAGGGAAAGUUCCUGAAGAAUGUGGCGCAGUUGGCCGGGGAGGGCAUCAUCAUCAGCUGGGGAAAGAAGUCUGAGAGUGAUCACAUCGGCAAGUUGAUCUCCAUGGGCUUUCGCCGUGACGAAGACUUUGAGGCAGAGCUACGGCUCUUCGCAGGCAUUGGCCUGCGCUCAGAGCUGCGCCACACAUUGCGGGCGCUGCGGCGAGUCAAGCGUGGCACUGGGCAAUGGGGCUGCGCAUUGGAGCCAGUGCAGCCGAAUCACUACUGCGAAGCUGAUCUCACCUUCGGGUGCCUCGACCGGCAGAGGAUUUGGGCUCGUGGCAUGUGCAACGGUCUGUUUCGCCGACAAAACCUGAUGUUUGACUCAGACGCCGUAGUGGCAGAAUGCAAAAUGCUGACCUCGAGUUUGCAGGAAUAUGAAGAGUGUGAACUUCCCGAGCCUCCGGCAAUAUCCACACAACCUGCACCAAAGAUGUCAGACUGGGCUAUUGUUUCUGGAGGACCAUUCACCAGAUCUAGCUAUGUGGCAAGCUUCAACUGCAUCAGCCAAAAUGUUCCCAUUCAAGAUUUCUGGAGGCUUCAUGGUAUAUCUAUCAGUGCUGCGUUUGACAGCGCGGAUCCCUUGGUGCGCAUGGAUGAACCCAUUUGGCACGGGGAGUCUUGUGGAGUAUUGGCCGUUGGUUUCAAGCUCUUGAGGUUGAUUGAAGGGCCUCGCCUUUACUUUGCUUCAGAGGUGAAGAAAGUCUGGGCUGGCGAGGUGCACUUUGUCUUCAAGAAAUGGCAAUGGCAGUUAUCCUCCAACUGUUGGUUAGCAUCCCUGCUGCGUCGAGCAAGCGCACUGAUUCGAAGAAAUGUAUCCAGUUUCACUAAGUCCAACACAAGGAGCCGGUUGCGCGCCAAUGUUGGGCUCCUGAAUCGAUGUACUUGGACACACCGCCGUUUGCGAAGUUCCAAGCGCUGCAAGGCUGCAGCUGGCUAUGUCCGCCACUCCAUGGGUCGAAUGGCCACUGAUAAGCCUUUGGAGAAAAUCCUGGAGGCCAGUGAAAGUCUCUGGAGAGUUCUCUCAACUUCUCAAUCUCCUUGCUCCGUCAUGAGCCCGCCCUUCCGACGGUAUGUGCAGCGACUUUUGGCGCUACCGUAUUGGGAGCUGGAGCAAAAAGUAUGA